GAGAUUUUGUUGUUUUUUGUAAUCGAACAAUUCCGGUAAUGUUUUUUUUCUGUGAGUGUUGUAUUGAAAGUAUGUGCUUAGUGUGAUUUAAACAUUGUUCGUAAUUUAUUAUUGACUUGAAGACGACGUCAUAUCUUCCAGUAUGAAGUCCGUGAACGUGUCAAUGUCGUUAUACUUAUUGAAUUAGUGUGCAUCGGUGGCGUGUCGUGUGUCGCGGCCGUGGAGGCGGCGGAGGGUUUCGCUUGCACGCUGUAGAGGGCUGCGACCAAAGGGCGCCUCACGAUGGGAGCCCAGCAGGCCAAAGAACGCGGCACGGCGAGUGGUGCGUCCAUGCGCUCGGCGCGCACCAAGCCCCGAGUGCCGAAGGUCCCCGGCAUGCUAGGCUCUAAUAUAUUCACGGAGCAUAGUGAGGCGUUGCUGCAGAGCCGGCCGUUGCCGCACAUCCCUGACCUGCCAGAUGGCGAGGGUGCAGCCGCAGCCGCCGCCGCCGCGCCCAGCACGCCGCAGCCGCUCGACACCGCCAACAGAUGGACGUCGAAGGAGAACCUACUGGCUCACCAUGAAGACGAGGACCCGCAGCUAUUUGUGGCGCUGUAUGACUUCCAGGCAGGGGGCGAGAACCAGCUCAGUCUCAAGAAAGGUGAGCAGGUGCGGAUUAUGAGCUACAACAAAAGCGGCGAGUGGUGCGAGGCACACACACUGGGCGGAGGAGUGGGUUGGGUGCCGAGCAACUACGUCACACCGGUCAACUCGCUGGAGAAGCACUCGUGGUACCACGGGCCCAUCUCACGGAACGCCGCCGAGUACCUACUCUCCUCUGGGAUCAACGGCAGCUUUCUGGUCCGCGAAUCCGAGUCCAGUCCUGGUCAAAGGAGCAUUUCCCUUAGGUUUGAGGGUCGCGUGUACCACUACCGCAUCAACGAGGAUUCCGACGGGAAGGUGUACGUGACGUCGGAGUCAAAGUUCGGCACGCUGGCGGAGCUGGUGCAUCACCACUCGGUGCUGGGUGACGGGCUGAUCACGCAGCUACUGUACCCGGCGCCCAAGCGGAACAAGCCCACCGUGUUCCCGCUGGCGCCACCCGACGAGUGGGAGAUCGACCGCACCGACAUCGUCAUGAAGCACAAGCUGGGCGGCGGCCAGUACGGCGACGUCUACGAGGCCACGUGGAAGAGAUGCAACAUCACCGUGGCGGUGAAGACGUUGAAGGAUGACACGAUGGCGCUGAAGGACUUCCUGGAGGAAGCGGCGAUCAUGAAGGAGAUGCGGCACCGCAACCUGGUGCAGCUGCUGGGCGUGUGCACGCGCGAGCCUCCCUUCUAUAUCAUCACGGAGUUCAUGUCCCGCGGGAACCUGCUGGAAUAUCUGCGGGCGGCGCGGGAACCAGCGCCAGAUGCUGUCGUGCUCAUGUACAUGGCUACACAGAUCGCCUCCGGCAUGAGCUACCUGGAGAGCCGUUCCUUCAUUCACAGGGACUUGGCGGCUCGCAACUGCCUAGUGGGCGAAAGCCACCUGGUGAAGGUGGCGGACUUCGGUCUGGCGCGGCUGAUGCGCGACGACACGUACACGGCGCACGCAGGAGCCAAGUUCCCCAUAAAGUGGACCGCGCCCGAGGGCCUCGCAUACAACACCUUCAGCACCAAGUCCGACGUGUGGGCCUUCGGCAUACUGCUGUGGGAGAUCGCCACCUACGGCAUGUCGCCCUACCCCGGCGUUGACCUCGCAGACGUCUACCACAUGCUCGAGAAGGGCUACCGCAUGGAGUGCCCGCCGGGCUGCCCGGGGCCGGUGUAUGAGCUGAUGCGUGGCUGCUGGCAGUGGAGCCCCGCCGACCGGCCCAGCUUCCGCGAUAUUCACCACGCACUCGAGCACAUGUUCCAGGACAACUCCAUCACAGAGGAGGUGGAGAAGCAACUGCAAGAGGGCGGGUGCUCCGGGUCCGGGACUCCGCUCUCGGUGAAGAAGGGCGGUGUAGCUGUGGGCGGUGGCGUGCAGAUGCGGCGCCCGACCAACAGGCGCGGCAAGCAAGCGCCCACCCCGCCCAAGCGAACCAGCCUGCUGUCGUCGUGCAGUUCGUUCCGCGAGUCGCAGUACGCAGCCGAGGAGCACUCGCCCCACGAUGACUCGCUGGCUUCACUUAACGAGGGUGCAAUGACCGCAGGGGGGUCGCGCGGGGCCGGGGGCGGGCGUGAGGCUUCAUCCGAGGGCUCACCGGCGGAGGCAGCCGCCGAUACAGACGAGUCUGCAGCCGGCGGUGACCUCCGCGUGAGAGCCAGACGCCGCCCCCACGCGCACCCGCACCCGCACCACGCCGCAGCGCAUGACCUCCAACCCAAGCAGGAAGUACAAGUGGCCGCUUUGGAAGUGCAAAAUGUGAAAAGGGCUAUUCAUCGGUACGGCACAUUACCGAAAGGAGCUCGUAUUGGUGCAUUUUUGGAGUCACUUCGGCAGAGCGGCGGUGGCGGCGGCGCGAGUAGCAGCAGCAGUGCCGUGCGACGUGAGCCACCGCAGGACGAAGCGCGGUCUUUAUCGCCACGAACGGCGCGUGCUCAACCGCAUAUGAUCCGGUCCAACUCUUCCGGUGGCGUCACGGCUCCGGCGCCAGCAUCGCCCCGUGCAACCCGUGCAGCUCCCCUGCGAUCAUUCGACGGCCCGGCGAAACCCCGGCCCCGACUUGCCGAGUUGGAAUUUCCGCCUCCGCCGGUAGACUUGCCUCCCCCACCAGAGGACACGCGGCCUCCGCCGCCACCACCGCCACCGGAUCGCUGUCGGGACGCCGGCACCGAAGCCGAGGGAAACGAUCCGUCGCCCGGAAUCGAUGCCGAACAGAAGCUCGCUAAGCGAACUAUGAAGGAGAUGCUAGAGUUGAAAUUAGUCGCGGAAAUUAAGGAGCGGGCCGACAAAAAGAAACAAUUAAAAGACUCUCCGCCACCGCACGAACUAAUAGAAACGCAUACUUCGUACGGUGACCCCGCGGCGCGGCUCGUCACUGAAUUAUCGGCCAGUUUAAACAUGGACGCAUUACGUAAGUCCGAUAGAAAAGUGGAUGGAACUAAGUCCACGGACAAUAAAGACACGGUAUCGCCGAUAGACUUGAAAGCUAGUCUCAGAAAGACCAUGUAUAAUAAUAACAUUGAUCAAAAGAAAAGCGAUACGGAGCCUAAAACUAAUACAGAUUUUAAAUCUCAAUUGAAGAAGGUAGAUACCAAUAAGAAAAUUAAUAAUUGCAGUAAAGAACCCGAAGAGUCGGGACGUUCGAUAAUAGAUUUCAAAUCGCGACUACGAAAAGUGGACAGCGGAUCAGUGGCCACUAAUGGCAACGCGAAGAAGCCAGAGCAGAGUUCGCCCGAGGAGAAGGAAUUCGACUCGCGGAAAGGCGAAGAUUGCGAAAGGAAGAGGUCGGAGAGUGGAUCGCUGGACACGAGCGGCGGCGAUGAGGAAGACAAAAGACGGAGCACGGGCAGCAUCAGCAGUCUAAAGAAGCUUUGGGAGAACAAGGAGACGGAGGAGCGGCUGAGUCCUUCGCUGCGUGCUCGCAGGGAACCGGAUAGUGAAGACACGUCGCCAGAGGAGCGUAGUGCCGGCCGCGCCGUCCGUCGCGAUGACCGGCCCGCCGUUCCCAGCAAGCCGCCACUCAAGGCCCUGACCAAACCGGUGGGUAGGGGUGGUAUCUACGCGACGCCGUCCGGUUCGCCGGCCUGUGCUCCGUCCGGAGGCGGAGAGGACGCGGACGAUUCGGACGGACUGGAGGCGGUGCGCGCCGCACUCCACUGCUGUUUCGAUGAGUGCACGUAUGGCGGCGGUGGGCAGGUGCGUCGCGGCGGCGGCGGACGGGGUUCGGUGUGGCGGCUGCGCACGUCGGAGCGGCUGGCGCGGCUGGCGUCGCGGUGCGCGGCUGCGGCCGCCAAUGGUGGCUGCGCCCCGCACCGCCGCGUGCGACUGCGAGCCGCCGCCGCCCGCCUCGAGGCUGAGGCACGUGCGCUCGCCUCGCAGCGGCAACGCGCCGACGGCGUCGAGCUCGCGCUCAGGCAGCUCGCCGAUGUUGUCGACGGGUAAACGUCGUGAAGAAGGAGAACGUCAUACCAGCGCCACGUAGUAGCCGCCACCACCAUCUCUAAUGAUGACCGCUCCGCCGCCGCUGCAGGGGCAACACUGACUGUAUUACAAUCACCGCAUUUUACAUAUAUCAUAGAAUUUUCUCAAUGGGGCUUUUUACACUUUAUUGUAGUUGGACGCCCACGGUUUGACCAAUGAUCGUGCAUGAAACCGUUUUUAUCGUCUGCGGAAUUUGAAAAGCGACCGUAUUUGGAAUUAGCACGCUCUCAAAUCUAAUUCAUAUAGGUAGAAUUAUGAACUUUGCAAGUAAUUCGCUAAAAUGUUUUUUUUACAAUUCUCUGUGUAUAUAUAUGAAUACGUAUAUUCACUCGAUUGGUUUACAAUUACGCAAUUGAUAUUAUAUCGUCUCAUUAGGAUGCUUAAUGAUAAACUUGGCUUUCAGUGUAAUUUAACGUAAUAUUUGCACGAUAAAUAAAAUAUAGUCGAUUAUGACGUGCAACACGAAAUAUUUUCUAUUAAAGUUAUUCGUAUGAGUCAUGUAUACACCGUAAUUUAAUGCUAAACUGAUAUAAUUUAUAAUGGAAUAGAACUUGUUCAGAGUUAAUCAUAAUGAAUAUAAGUUAUAAUAAUUCAGUGAUAUAUCGAAACAGUUUACAAUUAUCCGUUCAAACCGCGCCAUCAGCAGACUGAUUUUUAUAAAUUCUCAUAUUUGGACUAGUUUUCUCGGAUUUUAUUAUAAAUUUGACUGACUUUGUAUGUUAAUAAAUCUAUGCUCCUGUAUGGAUACAGCAGCGUGCAAACCGGCCUAGCCCGGUACACCUGCAUGUAUGCCAUGGAAUUACUGUGUAGUGUUAAGUUUAAUCGGCCUCGACCGUCACGUCACGUCGACGUCAGGCUUGCAGAUUUAGUACAAACGGUGUAAUAACGCCGCGCGCGCAGUGACCGACCAGCGAGUACAAUCUGGCAUCCGUAUAUUAUUUGUACAAGUAUUAUAAUUGUGUGUGUAUUGCGUAGUUAAGGCGUCCCGCUGCCCGACGCGUUAUUCCUCUUGCUUAUGUGUAAAGACUGACAGAUGAUAUUCCUCGUGGAGAUUGCGUGAUUGCUUGUUUCUAGGUAGGUAGGUUUGAAAGCCGAGCGAGUGACGCUGAUCAGACACUGUCGAGCUCCCGUCCCGCUUCCUCCCUCCCUUCUUGUCACAACUGUGCUCGUUUGUGACUAGUGAAGCGACAAGCGACCACCCAUGGGGCCCGUCAUGUAGUGAUUGCGCUGUAUAUUACGCAUGUAGGACCGCGUCGGUCCUUUCCCUACUAAUACUAGGUAUUGACGUGGUGAAGGGUCCACCAGUGACGGAACACGUGUUUGCUAUAGCAGACAUUGUUACUAAACUAGUACAGAACCCCACCUAAUGUAAACUAAAAUUGGUUUAAUUGAUAACCUCUUGUCUUUUUAAAGUCAAAUAUUUGCAUAAUUAAUUUUCUCAUCACUUUAUUAAAUUAUUGUUUUAAUUUAUUAUACUGGAUGUAUAUAUGCUCUUUACAUUGAUGUCCAUUUUUUAUUUUUUAUUGAUUUUUGUUUACAAUUUUAUUAAUUUAUAUUUUUUUACUUUUCACCGUAUUCGAUUUUUGAUCGGCUUAUUGAAUUUUGCAUGGAAACAUUAUAAAUAUAAUAUUGGAUAUAAAUCCAUAAUCAUAUACUGUAUGUAUAAUUGACGUGAUAUAGUGAUAAGUGAGAUUUCUUAUCAUAAUUAAUAAUUUUUAACUGGUACUGAGGUGCUUCUUCCGUAUUGGGGUAUGUAACCUCGCAG